AUGUCCUCCGCGGAAGACCCCAAGUCCGCGCCUGUCAUGGACCCAGACCAGGCAGCCGCUGUGGGUGCAGCUCCCUCCGCUGCUGCCGCCAUGCAGCCGGCUGAUCCCACCGAGCCCGUCGCAGAGGAUCCUGCCAAGCUCAAGUCGAGCGAAGACAAGACCGAGGAAGUCGGUCAAUUCGCAGACAAGGAUAACACCAACAAGGCUGCCGCUGCUCUCGAUCCUGAAGCCCAUCUGCACAAAGCUCCCAAAGCGGAAGUCGCUCCCGAACGAAUCACGGAACUGCGCGGCACACAAAAGACGGUGCCUGCCCCCAACAACGGAGACAACGAACGUGCCGUCGAGCCUGGCGUGGACGAUCUCGGAUGGAGCGAGGAUCCCAACGUGCCCAUCCCUGUCAUGCAUGGCAUGAAGAACGAGUCGCUCUGGCUGCUUGUCCGUCGCUUCAACAAGCAGACCUAUCGCGUCAAGGCGCUCGAAAACAAGUCCAACCGCGACUUUGACAUGUAUAUCAGCAAGGACGAGGAGUUCCAGCCCGACAAGCUCAAGGCCACCUUCGAGCGUAUCUACGUCAAUGUCGUCGUUGGCGUCGUUUCCUUCAUCCAGCACAUUGCACGUCUUCGCUCGUGGUCCGAGCCCAAACGCACUGCUCUGUUCAUGAUCGUCUACAUUGCUGCUUGGGUCCUCGACUUGCUAGUGCCCACUUCGCUUGUCUUGUUCCUCGUUCUCAUCCUGUCGCCGCGUGCUAGGACCCUCCUCUUCCCCGCAGCUCCCUUGGCUGCUAUCGAUGCUAAGACAGGUCAGGCCAAGGUGCCAAUGGCCGGCCAUCUCGGUAGCAAGCACAGUUUGACGGGCGCUGCCGAGACCUACGAGGGCGAAGCGGUGGAACAGGAAGCCUCCAACUUUGUCGGUGCGCUCGGCUCCGUCGCUCUGAGUACGGCUGCAGGAAAGACAACCAACGCGGGUGCCUCUGCCGACAACGACGACGAAGACGACGACGACAGCAGCAGCGACGAGACUUCCCUCAAGAAGAGCAAUUCGACCACCAAGAAGCCCAAGAAGGAUCCCGAGGACAGGAUCCCUGACCCUACUAGCGUUGCUGCCCUCUCCUCAGCUGCCCAAAGCAAGGCUGCUGGCGAGAAGACGGGUCAUCCGGACAAAGGUGACCACACCAAACAGCCUAUGGAGGCCGCCAUCUUCUCCAGCCUGGCCCCCUUCAUGCACAUCCUCAACAACGUCUGCGACGACUACGAGAGGUUUGGCAAUGCCUUGUCUCCCACCCCGCCCUUUUCACGUUGGAAGCCGCGCGCUCGUCUUGCCGGCGCCGUCCUCCCCGUCUUCCUGGCAUCGCUCUACGUCAACGAGACUAUGAUCUACAAAGGAACCACGUUUGGAAUGGGAUUUGCGCUCUUCGGUCAGCCGCUGAUCGACCGAGUCAAGUUCCCCGCCGUGAUCGAGUGGCUCGACCGCAACAUUCCCGACUGGAAGAAGUACGUCGAGCUGCGCUACUACUUGCUGCGCGGCGUGCCCACCAAUGCCCAGCUCACGGUCACACUGCUUCGAAUUGGAGAAGCCAACAAAUCGCCACUGCCGCCUCCGCCGCCUUCUGUCGUUGCUCCGCCGCCCUCUGCGCUUCACGGUUCGGAUAUGGCUGAUCACCCCGAUCUGCCCCCCGAGUACGCUGAGCAGCUCGCAGACGCCCAAGCUGACGACGUCGCGAGCCGACCCGAAGGCGAAGACGCCUCGGCCACGGAUCCCAAGACGGGCAAGAAGGGCAGCAAGGUGCUGGGCCUCCUCAAAGGCGUCACCAAAGCCGGUGUCGAGACUGCUCUCGGCGUCAAUCGCGUCAAAGCCACCACGAUUCAGUCCGUGCACGCCAAGGCCAAGCUGGGCGUCGUCCAGUCGGAAGCCGCAGCGAAAAAGUAUGCCGCCGAUGGUCCCGUCAAGUUCCAAGCACGCUAUCGCGGCAAGCGAGGCUACGUCUACAUUGUCACGACUGCUGCCACGCCCUCCAUCGCCUUUGAACGCAAGGGCAGCUCGAACCCGGCCUCGGCGGCUGCGGCGGCGGUCAAAGGAAGUUCGCCCACGUCGGCCGUCGAGCAAGCGCAGAGGCUGGUCAAGCAAAAAGGAGCGACGUUUGCCAUUGCCAUCGACGAGAUCAAGGAAAUCCACAAGGUCGGCGGGCUCGGAUGGAAGGGAAAGCUCGUCGUCGGAUGGGCGUUGGGCGGCGAGGUGGCAGACGGCAUUGAGAUUGUGGACAAGCAGGACCAGGUGCACAAGCUCACCGCCAUGGGCAGGCGCGACGAGGUGUUCAACAGGCUCAUUGCAUUGGGCAACCAGAAGUGGGAGGCAUUCUAA